AUGGUGGGCGUCAGUCAGGCUACUUUCAAGCCGUCAAACAAGCUUCUCGCAGCUGAAGUAGACUUUCUUGCGAAAUCCGACCCAGGACGCAGAUUCGGCUUGAUUCCCAAAAGCAACCGAAUCGAAGAUGGUUUCCGAGAGAUCAGCUUCCUUGAAUUAUCACGAGCAGUGAAUGCCACAUCAUGGUGGAUUGAAAAGCAGAUUGGAAGACCAAAGAAGAGAGAAACCAUUGCGUAUAUGGGGAACAAUGAUGCUCGAUAUAUUCUGUUUAUGCUCGCGUCGCACAAAUUGGGCUAUACGGCUCAUGUACUUCACGCGACAGAAUCCUCCAAGUUGCUGUUCAGUCAUGAGAAGCUUCACAGAAUUUUGGAACUCAAGGAAUGCAUGGCCCUCAACACUGUAGAGGUGCCCAGUGUUAUCGAAAUCCUUGAUGAUGUCCGUGGACUAGAUCACUACCUCUUUGAAAAGAGCUAUGGGGAAAUUGAAGAUGAAAACGCCUUUAUGAUCCACAGCUCUGGGACCACCGGAAUGCCAAAACCUGUGCCCCUUACCCAUGGCUUCCUCGGUGCUUGGAGCAACGCGCCACACAUCCCCCGCCCUGACGAUCGACAGCCAUCCUUCUUCAACCACCUAGGUCCAGACCAUUUGUCCAGACAAGCCAUUGUCGGUGGACUUGCUUGUCGCUAUAUUGCGAGAGGCAAAGCCUACUGCAACUAUCCUGCCCCCUUCUAUCCUAGAGAAGGGGGUCAAUCAGAGGAAGCGCUCGAAUGCAUCCGUACUCUUGACUUUAUCUGCUUCGGAGGCGCCCCUCUGGCACCGGAAAUCGGCAAAAAGCUGAGUCAAUAUACUGAGUUGAGAACGUACCACGGUCGUCUGGAUGAUGUGAUCGUGCUCAGCAAUGGAGAGAAAUUGAACCCUGUCACUUUGGAAAAGAUGGUCGAGGAUCAUCCAUCUGUUCAUCGCGCACUGCUGAUUGGCCAGGGAAGAUUCCAGUCCGCUUUGUUGGUCGAACCGACACAAGGAGCUAAGCUGGUAGACGAAGAGAAGCUUUUCAUCGAGUCAAUUUGGCCACAGGUGGAAAAAGCCAAUGAAAUGGUCCCCAACUAUGGCCGAGUCAUGAAGAACAUGAUUCGACUCUCUUCGCCAGAAAAGCCUUUCAAGUUGACCUCGAAGGGCACAACCCAAAGACAUGCUAUGAACAAGAACUAUUCACAGGAAGCGGACGAUCUUUAUGCCGCCCAAGAUGACCAGCUAGAGAUGCAGUUACCUUCACCUGUGGAUCUCGAAAGCAUGAAAGAAUAUUUGCACAAGGUGAUAUCACUCCUCUCUGGCGAGUCAAACCUCGGUAAUGGCGAUGAUCUAUACAGCAUCGGAAUGGAUUCACUACGCACGAUCCAACUGAGCAAAUUAUUGAAGACUGCUAACAUCUACGCCCAUUCGACCGUCGACAGACUUGCUGGGAUGAUGAUGAGAGGUCUUGCAGGGGAGGCGGCUACGACUACCAGGAUUUCUCGGACCGAGAAGAUUGCCAAUCUGAUCUCCAAGUAUACGAGUGACCUUCCCAUCCGUUCUGUGAAACCGUCCCAGCCCGCCGAAGCUUCCACUAUGAUUCUCACCGGAUCUACCGGCUCCCUGGGCACAUAUCUACUCCACAGUCUUCUCAACCAAAGAAACGCGGAAAGCUUUCAAUCCAAAGGCCUUCCAGCCUCCCCCCUAUUCGACUCAAACAAGGUCGAAUUUUUACAUGUGUCCUUUGGCGAAUCGCAAUUCGGCCUUCCAUCUGCCAAGUACCAAUCCUUUCUCGAGAGAGUAGACCUCAUAAUUCACAAUGCAUGGAAGGUGAAUUUCAACCACAAAGUCGAGUCUUUCGAGCACCCCCAUCUAUUUGGAAUGCGCGAGUUUGUCAACCUCAGCAUUAACGGUCGCCACAACGCUCACAUCGCUUUUAUCUCAUCAGUCAGCACAGUUGGAGGCUGGGUGUCUGAUACCAUGGGCCCAGUCGUUCCUGAAGUCCCCAUGACGAGUAUCGAGCAGGUUCUCGAGCAAGGGUACGGCGAGUCGAAGUUUGUAGGAGAAAGUAUCUGCGUCGAGGCAUCACGCAAGGCAGGCGUGCCGACGAGCAUUUUCCGGUGGAUUCCGACCCUUGUGGCUACAUCCAAGGCUAUGGGCAGGGUUCCCGCAGAGUUGGGUGGGUACGCUAUUGAUUGGGUUUCUGUGAAUGCAUUGGCCGAUUUCGCUCUCGAAAUCCUUCAAACGCGCCGCUCAGCCCUUUCAGAAGAAUUCAAUGCUGUCUUCCAUCUGACAAACCUCAACCGCAGCAAGUGGUCCUCGCUGAUCCCCACUGCUCAGGAGAAGUACCCUGUACAGAUGGUUUCUCUUGAAGACUGGCUCGAUGAGCUUGAGGAGAUCAAAGACCCCUCCGAGCAGGAAGUACUUGGAAAGCCAGCCUUGAAGAUGCUUCAAUUUUAUCGGGGUCUCACGACUGAUAGCACGCUGUCUGCGGAAAUUAGUGUUACGCAGGCGAGCAAGACCAUGGCAAUGUUGGGACCUGUUUCACCCGCCCAGAUGUCUAAUUGGAUUAACCAGUGGGGCUUCUAA